AGGAGGUGCGUGAACGGAACAUUACGUACGAGUAAAGUCUCGAUUAUUCUAGGCUUGGGUGGAAGUUGCGUGAACGGAACGCUAAAGGCCGGUCGUUCGUUUCUUGCGAAUUAGGAUUCGAUUUCCAAUUCCUUGAGUCGGUUUAACAAUUCUAUAUAAUCAUCAGCGUGAACUCUUCUCAGGCAAACUCUUUCUUCAAACAAAUCAGUUUCUCUUUCAAUUAGCUUUCGAAAUUCUCUCUUCUUUUUCUCCGAAAUCAAGAUGCAGAUCUUCGUCAAAACUCUCACUGGCAAGACCAUAACCCUAGAAGUUGAGACCUCCGACACCAUCGACAACGUCAAAGCCAAAAUACAAGACAAGGAGGGUAUUCCACCUGAUCAGCAGAGGCUCAUCUUCGCUGGGAAGCAACUGGAGGAUGGCCGUACUCUCGCCGAUUACAACAUCCAAAAGGAAUCCACUCUUCAUCUGGUGCUUCGAUUGAGGGGAGGGAUGCAGAUAUUCGUCAAGACUCUAACCGGCAAGACUAUUACUCUCGAGGUGGAGAGUUCUGACACGAUUGACAAUGUUAAGGCGAAGAUACAGGAUAAGGAGGGGAUUCCGCCGGAUCAGCAGAGGCUGAUCUUCGCUGGCAAGCAACUGGAGGACGGCCGUACUCUUGCGGAUUACAAUAUUCAGAAGGAGUCCACACUCCACCUGGUUCUGAGGCUUCGCGGCGGUAUGCAAAUCUUUGUGAAGACGUUGACAGGCAAGACCAUAACUCUGGAGGUUGAAAGUUCUGAUACGAUCGACAACGUGAAGACUAAAAUUCAAGAUAAGGAGGGCAUUCCACCGGAUCAGCAGAGGCUGAUCUUUGCUGGGAAGCAGCUAGAGGACGGGAGGACUCUUGCCGACUAUAACAUCCAGAAGGAGUCUACCCUGCAUCUUGUUCUGAGGCUUCGUGGCGGGAUGCAGAUUUUUGUCAAGACCCUCACUGGUAAGACCAUCACUCUGGAGGUGGAGAGCUCUGACACUAUUGACAACGUCAAAACAAAGAUACAGGAUAAGGAGGGGAUUCCACCAGAUCAGCAGAGGCUGAUCUUUGCGGGGAAGCAGCUGGAGGAUGGGAGGACUCUUGCGGAUUAUAAUAUCCAGAAGGAGUCUACUCUGCAUCUUGUUCUGAGGCUCCGUGGUGGGAUGCAGAUCUUUGUGAAGACUCUGACUGGCAAGACAAUAACUCUGGAGGUCGAGAGUUCUGAUACGAUUGACAACGUCAAGAGCAAAAUUCAAGACAAGGAGGGAAUCCCACCGGAUCAACAGAGGCUCAUAUUUGCAGGAAAGCAGCUGGAAGACGGGCGAACUCUUGCUGAUUACAAUAUUCAAAAGGAAUCUACCCUUCACCUUGUGCUCCGUCUCCGUGGUGGUCUUCUCUAAGCUUUGUGUCAUGGUGAUAUCUGGUGUUUUUUUACUUUACAAUAUGCGUCUUAUGUUGUGGUGCUUGUAGGCACCAGUUAAUAAUGUCUGAAAUCUGAUGGUUUUAAUGAAUGCCAGUUGCUUUCAAUUCCAAUGAGCUCUUAAAUAUGAGCUUUGUUCUUUGGU